UCGCCUCAGCCCCACCCCCGAGGUGGGUCCCGGCCGACCAGUCCCUGUCCAGGCUGGCAGAACAGGCACUCUCGGCUGUGGGCGGUGUGACGUCGCUGGCCCAGCCCAGGGAGGUCCUCCCAGGGCGCCCAGGGAGGGCGGACCUUGGGUCGGACCCGCCGCCCCCAAUCCCGGGGCCUGGGGGCUCCCCCUCACCUUGCCCCGGCCUCCUGCCAGUCGCCACCACCCCUAGCCUCUCCCGCUGAGUCCGGCGCCCCAGAGAGGAUUAAGUAAGUGCUGAGGUCGCCGCUUCUGUGCAAGAAUGGAGGAAUCACAGAGUCGCGAAGGGAGGCAGGGAGCUCUCUUUAUCCAAGGACGUGGCCCCCUGUAUGGGUAGUGGGGGCCACAGGCUGGGACACCCCUGAUGUCAGAAGUGAGUGAGCAGGUUGACUGACCACAAGCAGUCCCUCAGCAUCAGCAUGGACUCCAGGAUCCCAUCUGCUAGGAGCUGGAUUAGCAGCCACCCACCCACCUCUGAACCUGACCUGGAGCCUGCCACAGAUGGGCCAGCUUCCGAGACCACCACACUCAGCCCAGAAGCCACCAGCUUUAAUGACACCAGAAUCCCUGACGUGGCUGGUGGCACAGCCGGCGUGGGCACAAUGCUUCUGUCCUUUGGGAUCAUCACAGUGAUUGGCCUGGCUGUGGCCAUGGUUUUGUACAUCAGGAAGAAGAAGAGGCUGGAGAAGCUGCGCCACCAGCUCAUGCCUAUGUACAACUUCGACCCCACGGAGGAGCAAGAUGAACUGGAGCGGGAGCUGCUGGAGCACGGGCGGGACACUGCCUCCGUGCAGGCCGCCACCGCUGUGCAGGCCACGCUGGCCAAGACCACUCUCCCCUCUCAGGGCCCAAUGCAGAGGCCCAGCCGGCUGGUGUUCAGCGAUGUAGCCAAUGCCAUCCACGCGUGAGGACCCCGGGACAGGCCUGGACCUCUGAUGAAAACACCUGCCACAGUGCCCUCAGCUGCCAACUCCGAGAUCAUUAGGACCUCCUCUCAGGACCUGCCCUGCCAAGGCCUCAGCUAUUUUGAGGACCCAGCUGCUGACCCUCCAGGCUCUAAAAGAGGCCCCUGGCCAGGUUGGGCAUAUGGCCACUGAUAUCCCCUGACCUGAGGGCCCUGGAAUGCAGAGCAUCCCUCAUAAGGCUUCCUUAUGCUGGCUGGCUUCCUUGUGCCCUUCCCAGACCCCUCACAUCAGGGUCUGCUCCUCUAAUGUGGAGGAAAUGGGGGGAGAUGUGGGAUGGGAGGGGGAAGGGAAGGAGAGUAGGGGGGUUCCCAUCCAUCAGGGAGAGACAUAUCUUUGGAAUCUGGAGUCUCCUCUGGGGUGGGGAGAGGCAGCCACCCAGGUCACAGCCACAUGGUACGGUGGUACUCUGGGAGAGGCUCAGGGAUAGAGCUGAAACUGCCCAGUGGGCAAGGAUGCCAGCAGGAGGGCUGCUCAUACCCAAGGUCAGUCCAAAUUACAGGGAUGCAUGAGGUCUUCCAGCCACCCCUCCGUGGUGGUCGGCUAUUGGCUGGGCCCAAGCUAGGAUGAGAGCUGAGGGGGAAGGGAGGUGGGGGAGCAGGUGUGGAGGGAUGCAGUGCCCAGACCUGCUGGAAGGCCUCCUGCAUGCGCAUGAAGGUGCCCACCUGCAGACACGUGCCUGUCCCAGCACAGGGGGCAGGAUGGAGACCCCUGCAUUGGCUCCACCCUCCAAGCCACCCCCAACCCCAUGGUGUGUAGAGGAACGUUAAGUAGGCCACCUUCUCCACCUUCAGUGUUCAGGGACUGAAGGGAGAGGGAAGCAAAGGCAAGGGUCCACUGCCCACCACUGGGCACUUCACUGGGCUCUAAAAGCCAGGUAACCUGCUUCUGGAACAGUUCCCUGUCUUGGUGUUUAUCGGGGACCUGGGGUUGGGGGAGAGACUAUUGGUCAGAGGGUGGUGGUCGCCAGCUGCAGGCUAGCAGGGGAAGUUCUGAAUGCCUGAAACAGGGUGGGGAUAGCCCCUUGGAAAACAGACCUAAGAGACCUAGUCUGGGUUUUGAUCACACAACCCACCUACCCAUUGUCCACCCACCCCAUGCCCCGCAGGAAUUCUGCCAGGCUGGGGCAUCUGGGCAAGGCACUGGGUCAAGCCAGACCCCAAGAGCUGGGCACUUCUCCGCUGGGCACACAUGUGCACCUGAGCAGGCACAGACGCACACCCCUGUGCCCAGCCUCGCCGCCAUCACUGUCCUCUGCUGGUUGGCGGGGACGUGAGGGUGGCAAAUACGAGGUGUCAGGCUGUGAGGGCCUAGGAGGACUUCAUGGGGAAGGUCCUGGAUUUAUUUCCUCCUCUAGAUGCUAUAAAUACGUUAGCAUUUGAGCCAACUGGAGGGCUAUGGGUAAUUUAGGAUGCACAGAAACUAAUUUAACUCAUAGCAUCUCCAUGUGAGAGCAUUAAAGAUGUAAUUAAGACGUUUACACAAAGA